AUGGCGGCAUACCGAUACCGGGUGCGCGGUGGCGGCGGGCGCUUGCGGCCACCACGGGGUAGGGGUGGCGUGGUGGGGACUGGGAGCUGGCUGACGGCAUGUUUCUUCCCGUCCUCCCGUGCAGGCAUUGACAGCUCGGACCCUAUGGUGCUGGAACAGUACAUGGUGGUGGCCAACUACGAGAGGCAGGAGAACUCUGAGAUCAGCCUGCAGGCUGGGGAGACGGUGGACGUGAUUGAGAAGAGCGAGAGCGGUGAGUAGUGUGUUUACAUGCUGUACAUACGGCUUUGGGUUGUACUUUUCUUAACUUUCUUUCACACACACAGAGACACACACCAACUCAUGCACAGUCAGCACCUCGUUCAUUCUAAUCCUCUCAUGGUGUCACUCCAUGUUCUGUUUUCCUUCCCUCUGCCCGUCUUUGUCCUCAAGAAUCCCUCCUUUUCUCCCCCUCCUCUCUACCUCUGUCUCUCCCUUAAUCAUUCUCCUUGUCUUCUAACUAGGGCUUGGCUCCACCUGGAGGCUUGCUGUUUGGCCAGCAGGGCGGUGUGUGUGUGUGUGUGUGUGUGUGUGUGUGUUGUGAGUAGGUGUGUGUUAGGCUAUGCUUGAGUUUGUGUGAAGGUGUGUUUAUGUGUUUGUGUGUGUGUGGUAGCGUUAGGCUGGAGGCCAAUCUGUUGCCUUGUGCAGCAGGAAUGUAGACUUAUAAUUAAUAGUCCACUUUACUUUAGUGGAGAGUGAGAUGUGUUUUACGAGUUACAUCUUGGAACGGCAAAGGUCAAAGAGCAAAGUUUUAAGGGGAGAAAGAGGCAGAGAGAGACAUUGUGCCUCAUCAGCUUCAUUCCUCACUUGUUAUUUGGAAGCCUUGGGAUAACUGGCUGCGUGUACUAUUUUCACCCUUACGUUUUUCUCCAAUUUCAUUCUACUUCACAAUGUUAUCAAAAACCAAGGACAUGGCAGUUGAGUUGUUGAAUUACAGCACAGAAACAAGAUGUUUACAGUGUACAAUAGUAACAGUCUGCUAUGUAAUUCACCCUGGAUAAAAUCUGUUGAGUGAAAAGUCAAUGUGAAUAUGUUGUCCUUAUGUUUUGUUUUCAUCUAUCCAAACUCCAUUUAACAACACAAGAGAUUAAUCUAACUUGCCAUGGUAACAAGCCAUUGACAGCUUGCACAACUCAAGAUUAACAACCUCAACAGCCUAACAGUCUAACAUCAGCAGAAAACCUUUGGCAAGGAUACAUCCACACACAUCUUUCAUCCAAAUAUUGGUGUGUGUGUGUGCGCGCGUGUCUUCUCUAGUCUUUCGCACAUCUUUGAGCAAGUUAAUGAACCUCUCUUUUUCAUUAGUUUUACCAUCGACCCAGCAACCCACUAUCCUUCAACGGUUGGAGCUCUCUCUCUCUCUACUCUUUCAGACCCAUGUGUUUUUGACAUCAGGCUGUUUGAACAGCUUUUUGCUGUAUUUCCCAUUCCAUUCAUUGUCAGUACAGUGAGACAAUAGUCUGCUCUAGCCAAAGCGGCAGUUCCGCCAAACUCUGUAUGGGAAUAGAGGAGUAGAUGGUUUUGCAAUGCAGCCCUUCUUUUGUGAAUAUUCAAUGUAUUUAAUGUUAUGUAAGGCUAAAGGGAAACCUAAUCUCAUCAGAAAAUGUAAAUGCUGGGAAGUGCUGUACUGCAAUUAUUGUGAGAUGUGGUUGUUUUAUCUAUCUUAGUUAAAUGAACUGAUCGUCCAAAGUCCCUUUAGCGAGUGUCUGCUACAUUUCUAAAAUGUAAAUGUGAAAUUUCAUGUUUUUUUCAGUCUCUUUUUUGAGGUUUCAUACUGUCAACGUUUAAGCUGCAUUGAGUUAUGUUUUGAGAAAUAUGUUACUUGAUGAGGCUUCGAUUCCCAGAGAUUUUGUAAGAGUCACACGCUAGAGUGAGAGUCAUUAAACGUUUUGUUUAAUGAAUAUUCAAAAGUUAAUUGCCUGUGUGUAUGCCAAAACCACGCUAUAAUUACCUAAUUAUUGGUGACACUGACACACUGCAUUGGAAACACCAAUAACCUUCACAAAGAGAGACAAUCGGGCACAUUAAAACUAAACAGGAUCCGUAAAUAUUCAGUACUCGGACAGUUUCAAUACAAAAGUGCAUUAGAAAAAUAUAAAAACAAAUACGAAAACAAGCUGUACUGUCAUUGGAGCAUAUAUGCUCAAACUAGUACAUAGACUAAACCUGAAAAAGAUCCAGUUUCAGUACAAAAGUACAGGAAAAACAAAUAAGAUAUCAUUCAUAAGGAAACAAGCUGUACAAUGACUGUCAUUGGAGUUGAAGGUUACUGUAAACAUGCUCAGACGUCUCCAUAUCCCUCCACCACUAGGCCAAAUAACUAGAGCAACGAUCUACGAUGACAUCAUUGGCAGGCUAUGCCAAACCAAACACGUCCUAGUGCCUUGUAUAUCCCAGAAACCCUUUCACUUUUUCAGAGCUUUAUUGCAACCUUGGCGUCUCCACAGCUCUGCUUGCUUAUGUCCUUUGACGUUUUGAUCGCAGAAACACAGACGGUAAUUUAACAUCGCAAUCUCCCAAUUUAUUAGACCCCCUAUUUCUUUCAUGUUAUUUUAAUGUUGCUUUAAUGUUCCGCGCCCCAUGCAUCUCGGCAUUAUGACAAGUUAUGCUUUUAAGUUAGCGUCUACCAAUCUUAUCCAGACUCUAUGCUUUUUAUUCUCUUCUCUAUACAAUCUCUAAACAGUAUAUCAUAUGCGGUUAGGAAUGGUUCGGGUCAAGCAACAGUCAGUGAAAAAAACAUCCACUACAGUAAACCACUUUACUGUGGUAGCAGUUUUUUCGGUUCAUGCACUGUUUACCUCGACAGUCGCGGGUUCAUAAUCCCGAGUCGGAUGUUGUUGUUAUACCCUACCCCUACUGCGAGAAGUUAUCGGCCACGUGCGCUCUAGUUCAACCCCAGCUGUUUCAACAAGUAGCCAGUAUCGCUACGUGAUACCGUAAUAUGUGUGUGUGUGUGUGUGUGUGUGUGUGUGUGUGUGUGUGUGUGUGCGCGAGUGUAUGUGUGUGUGUGUGUGUGUGUGUGAGUGUAUGUGUGUUGUGUGUGUGCUGAUGUCAUGACUUUUGGCUGUGAGAUAUGUGUCUGACUGUCUGUCCGGGGAUUUAUGAGCUACUAUCUAGUAAAGAGAGAUUUAUGGAAGGGCAAGUAGGUGGACAAGCCAGAAUCCUCUUGAAAGGAGGGAAAGAGAAGGAGUGGAGGCUAUGUCUGGACCAGUGUCCUGGUUUUCUUCGUAUUCCUGGUUUUCUCCCACUCCGGUCAUUCCUUGGACAUGGGAAAUCACAGAGAGGGAAGAGGCCACAGAUGGGAAAAAAUCACUUGCAUGUGUGACCAGAAGUUAUAUGGAGCGAUCAGUUUAUUGUGCUUCCUGCAAAGUUGUUACCUUCAUGAUAUAGGUGAAUGGUAUCAAAUGUAUGAUAUAGAAUAGUCUUUGAAGACUGGUAGGUCAGCCUUUGUUUGUUCAGUUUUGUCUCUGUUAGAGUUGACCAUGCGCUCACAAUUCUGAUACCAUAGUUGCACGAAAAGGACUGGUUAAUCAAUGCAACUGGGCCUCCAUUCUGUGGCUCCAUACUGUGGCUGAAUAUGGAAAAUUCCCCUAUUUUCUGUGUCCUUACCCCGGCCUAAUGGAUCUUGCAGGAGGACUGUGAUGCUAUGCAGCAAACAAGAUCCUUUGGGUUACUUUGCCGCUCCCUCAGCCCACAAGCCCAGCCGGAGAAGACAUUUGCCCCUCGCCUCUCUCUGUAUUCUCUAUGCGAUCUUUGCCAGGUUGAAAGGGGAAUUUGUCACCAUAAUCCUAAAGAGCUUAGGCACACUUACCGUACAGAACCCGCCUAAACACACAUUCACACACACAUAGUCAUGUACUCACACACAUGCGUGAAAUUAUGUAUGCACAUGCAAACACGCACGCAUAAAAACACACAGGCUCAAACGCACACACACACCUCUCCUCCCUCACUGCCCGCUGUGCCCACAGGGGAGAAAGUUAGUUUGGCAUAGCCCCCACUAACCCACAUAUCCUUUACUGAAAUCUACCCAGAGUUUUGACUGAGUUUUGGCUGUGCUGUCGGUGUUGUUUGCCUUGGCCUGGGGCCCUCUGUAGAUCAGCAUUAGUGGGUGAAAGCACUGGGCCAAGUGUUACGUAGGGAGGAACACAAUUUUUGUCAAAUCUUACACUCCAUCACUCAGGCUACAGCUAGCUUAGCGCUAGUCUCACCUUGAGGCUACAUUUGAAACGGACAGCCUAGCCUGCUCUUCUGUCUUCAGUCAAGCCGAUAAGGUUGUAAACCGUCAGAAUCUUGGCCAGAGGGCUGCUGAAGACAGGCCUCACACACAUUUGAUCACCCUGUUGCAGGAGAACUAUCCGUACAGAACCUUGAAUUGUAUUUGAGGUUUAAAAAGGCUUCUGAAGUUUGUAAUUUCCACUUUGAAAUUUCAGACUUGAUUUUCCCUUACGAAAAAUGUAUCAACCCCUACAAAAAUUUCCAUUAAUUAUGUUAAUUAUAAUCCACAUAAUAAUUCACAUUUCCUGUUGCUGCAUGAUUAUUUUCCUGAUGUAGCAAACUCGCUCAAAUUAAGAUCCCACAUCUGCAGUUUCACAUAGCCUAUAUCUAUAGCCUCACCUCUAGGCAAUCAAAUCAGACAGACAGGCUUCAAUCAAAGAGCAUUUAGCGCUAGAGAGGUUAGCUUAGGUUAGCUUAAAGGAUGUCCUGGUCAGGCUGUAAAAAUGGACAGCCAGCUUCAAUCAGGAAGUAAUACUUAUAAGCCAAGAGAUAGCUAUAAGCCAACAGAUAGCGUAGCACGCUAUUAGUCAUACUACACAUGCUAGCCGUAGCCUUAGUGUAACUUUUCACCCAGAGGCACUAGAGUUGCUGACCUACGUCAAUCGACUCAACAGAGAGGUUACCUAUAAGCCAUUUAGAAUCUCCUAGAUAGAUAGGCUCACAAGAAAGGCCACAGCUGGCCA